CAGCUGGCCCUGGAUGAUAAUGUCCCUUGCUUCUCAAGGAGCAUGUCAUCCUUGUUCUUGAGGACCACGAAGAGCCUGGUGAGAGAGCUGGGCAGGAAGGGCGAGUUGGUACCGGUGGACAGCCUGAGCAGCUCACCUCGCCUGCGCCCCUUCUGCCUGGUGAGGAAGAAACACAGGCGAUACCUCUGGCCUUGGGACACCCCGCUCAUCCCCACAGACUUCUCUCUCCUGGACCUGCUGGAGCCUGGCCUUCCCGAGCCAGAGGUGAACCACAGCAGUCCCAUCAAUAUCUGGGACAAGGUGGCAGGAGAGCUAACAGCGGCUGUGAGCCUGAGUGCUGGCCUGCAGGGCCAGGUGACUGGAGGCAGCAACUCCGCCUGCAUCUCUGCCUUGGCUGUGCAGACACUCUGGGUUUCCCCUUGCACCUGGGAGAUGCUGCUUGAGAGGAGGAAACUGAGGUCCCCUAGACCCUCCUUCCUCCAGGAGCUCCAGAGCCGGAAGGAGAGGGAGAGCCUCUACGUGGUGACUGAGGCUGUGGAGACCCUGCAGGAUGCUGUCCUUCAGAGCCAGGGCCAAACGCUGGGAGCUGGGCAGCUGUCCCUCCUACAGCUGGGCCAUGUCCAGGUCCAGAUUCAGAGCCACAGGGACACAGAGAAAGUGCUGAGCAUCCCGCAGGGCAGUAUAUUGGCCUACAGGGUUCUGCAGCUGGUGGUGGAGGAAGAUGGCUGGGCUGUCCUCUACUUCCCCGAAAGAAAGCUCUACAGGGACACCAGGAGAGGCAUAGCCUUCAGCCAGGACUCAGGGGAGGUGUCUAACCUCCAGAGCUUGCAGGAGCAAGCAGAUGGCCAGUUGCAGGACCUGGCCACGCUGUCCUCAGAGCUACGGGGAACAUUGCUGGGUGCCCUCCAGGAGCUGCUACAAGACCGCCAGGCACUCCAGGAGCUAGAGGACACGCUGGAACAGGCUCUGGACACUGGGUUGCUGGCACAGCUGAAGGGUUCUGGGGGCUUCGUCUUAAGCAUCCUCCAAGACUCCACAGGCAACUUGUCACGCUCGAGAGGCAAGGCUAUCCUCUACAUUCUCGGAGCCCUAGCAGCACUGAGUGAACCCCAGCUUUGCCUGCUGGCCCAGUCCAUAGAGAGACGAAUCCUAUCUGAGGAGCUGGAACUGGUGAGAGCCUCAAAGAAGGGGGUGCUGGGAUUCAGGGAGGUGGCGAGCAUCCUGGAACACUACUGUAAUCAGAUGGAGGAAACCACCUGUCCUCUCCCAACAGGAGUCCUCUGUGCUCUCAAGAGUGAGGAUGUAGUCAUCCUCCUAAGCUUGGUGCAGAGCUGUGGGCUGGAACUGGAGCAGUCCAGUUGCCAGCUCGCCUGGGACCCCACAGUGGUGCCUCAGCUCUCUGCUCUCUAUGGGAGCCUCUCAGGGCUGCAGCUACUGGCUGACGCAAGCCCCGGGCUUUCUAGGACAGUGCCUGAAGAGGGAGCACUCAUCUGUCCCUAG